GCCACUUGUUCGAAGCGGUAUUGUGGAUCUUUGACGGGACUUGACGGACGGCAUCACGCAGGCAUGGCGGACGAUGACCCGUACAACUUUGAGAUUCAAAUUCCUGGGAACAUCAAGACGCCGACGUCGUCCAGGUACCACGACGGAAGCGACGACGACAGUGAAGACAAUGAUGGCAUGUCGACACCGUCGCCACAAAAGCCGUCGAAACGAGCGAAGAAACCACCGGCCAAACCAUCUACCGUGCUGUCGACAUCCAAUGCACUAGACAAAGCCAAGAGCUUCCUGUCAAAGUACUCUACCAAGCAAGCCAUUCCCAAAACACGGGUUCACCUCAGCGACGAUGACAACAGCGACACGCCGACACCCAAGAAAACACCAGCGUCCAAGAACCGCCCCGUCGAAGGCUCGACAGACGACUUUUCCGACAUUGAAUCGAAACACGCUCGUCACGACGAAUCUGUUGGGGACAUCAGUGGGCUCAGUGGCCUUGACGAAAGCACGGACAUCCCAGCCGCCGCCAAAGCAAAACCGUCUUCAACCCCGUCAAGCACGCAGAAGGACCUCCCUGUGGACAACCCAAUCGUCGCUGGUACUGCGCCAGCGAAAACUCCCCCGUAUCUAGUGCACCCAGCAAUCGACGACAGCGAAGGCGACCCCCCUGUACCACCAGCCAAGCCACAAAACACAGUACCUCCAACCAAGACGGUGGUUUCCGACAAUUUUUCCCUUGGUGCCAAGAAAGCAUCUCCAGUCGUCCAAGAGGAAGACUACAGCGACAUCGAAGACGAAGUAGAAUCGUGGGAAGAGGAUUCCAAGCCGACUGUUGCUGCCCUGCCCCCCCAGCCUGCGACACCCACCGUGAGCACAACCACCCCCAAGCCUGUGCAGACACAGUCUUUCAACUACUCGAUGGAUUUCUCCGACGAUGACAAGCCCGCAUCUGUCGUUCCAGCCCCACAGGUGUCUCCGCCAAAACCAUCAACGUCAAAUCCCGAAAGCGGCGACGAGUACAUGGACGAAUCAUUUGCCGAAUCUCAAUCCCCGACCAAGCCGACUGUUCCGCCACCAGUGGUUGCAUCGCGUCCUUUCACCACAGCACCACCACCCGCCGCCAUGAAAAAGAUUGUCGAUGACAAGUACCUGGACGAGUCAUUCGCCGACGAACGGCCCCCCACAAAGCCCAACGUGCUCUACGAACACAACCACGCUAUUAUUGCACACGAAACAUCCAGUGAAUUCGAUGGCGAUGAAGCCAAUUCCCCGGACGACCUGCUUCAGGCGCCAACGACGGCCUCCGUUGCAGACGCGGUGGUGGCGAUUCCAAGCCAGGACAUUAAACCAAGCACGUCAUCGCCAUCAGUACCUCUUGCAAUGCAGGUAGUUCCUCAAACGUACCAGUUGUCCUUGCAAGAAAAAGCGGCUCCACCCCACGAGAUGCCAUCAACGGCUCAUGAAUUCACCACGAUAAACGAGGCCAAGAACGCGAUGGACCCCAACUCAACUUCGAAAAGCCACAGAACGGAGCCGUCCAGUUCUCUUCCGACGCCGUCCACGCAUGCCAAUCUAGGGACCCAGCCAUCCACGACCGCACGGCGUCGAGUGGUGAUCGUUCGCGAGUACGAGCAAACUCCGCGAGGUCAAGUUGAAAUGAAGGACGCGAGCACGCAGUUUACUGGUAACCACGUGCUCAUCCAAGCUGACGUGAACCCUCACCAGCCAACGGCCUACGAUGGAUCGUUGCGUGAGACCCAAAGCGCCCGUCCUGGUACUCCAACAUUUCCCGACUCUCCCAUUCCAUCGCCUCCUCUAUCGUCGUCGCUCGAGCCGCCCCCACCGCCUCACCCUGCGUGCGAUUCGCGGAUGCCCCCAACACAACCCGUUCCGUCGUUCGUCGACGCCAACAUGGCCAGUGUCAAUACAACGCUCUCUACAUCCAUGUACAGACAGCAAUUGCAACACAUUCAAGCGCAGAUCCGACGAAAGCGUCUGGAAUCGGAACGAGUCAUGCGGGAGGCCAUGGCAUAUCGCUACACGUCGAUGGAUGCGGCGGAAAAGUUUGUCGCAUUGAAUCGGCCGAGAAAGCUGUCGCUGUGGGAAGCUCUGAUGGAAGUCGAUCCCCUCCUGUCCAAGGAGCAAGCGAUGAAGAUCGAAGCCAUGUCCAAGUCUGCGUGACUUGAAUAACGUCGAAACACGGGAUUGAGUCUUGUUAUGGGCUGACGAAAACCCUUUAGUUGAAGUCGCAUGCAUCGUACACGCCAGGGAUCAUCGUGUUCAUCUUUUCCGCAAUCGCCAUGACGAUGCCGCUGCGGUACGACGUAAUGCCCUUGGACUUGAGCCAAUGCCAAAACGCAUCGCAAUGCGUGCGGCAAUCGAUGGGUUCGUCCGACCCGUCUUCGUUGCGUUUCAGGAGCAUAAACUUGCCCAUCAAUUGAAACGUGUUGGUGAUUUGGUCCGCUGGGUCAUCGCCCGCGGCCAGGUUCUUGGCGGCAGCAGGGCCGAUACCAGGGACUUCCGUGAGGACUCCGGUUAGCGGGGCGCGCAAGAAAUCCGCCAACGUGUCGUCGGCAAUGCGGGAUUUGGCGGGGUCAUAGCCAUCGGACGACAUGGCGGCGGGGAGAAGAAGGCAAGUGGGCUGUCACAAGCGACAAGAACAUGUCGUAUCC